AUGAAGGGGCUAAGAACAUUGGUGCUAGAGGAGGAUCUGACUAUGGUCCAGGUAUCUACGAAAUUUAGAUUUAUUUUUCAUGUUUUAGAUUCAUUCAGAAGGUUUGUGAAAAAGAUAGGUGUGAUCAGGAAUCCUGAAUAUUAAGUAGAUAUCUCUAAAGGCUUACCAAAAAUAUCUGACUAUGGCAACAUAUAGAUAGAUACUCUUCCUGGCUAGCCCAAAGCAUAAAUAUAGGAAUUACUUAAAAAACUUUAGUAGAAAGUAGAGUUAUGCAUAAAGAGGGGAAAUAUUCCUUUUAUUAUUGGAGGGAGUAGAGAUUUAUUCGGAGCAGUCUCUGAUGCUUUACAAAAAGAAAAAUAAGAAUCGAGAAAUGCUUACAUUUCAAUAAGUCAUAGAUUAGAUGUGGAUGAGUCGACUAAAGAUCAUAUUCCCCAAUAAACUACGAAUAAGCGUUAUCUCUUGGAAAAGAUGAUGGCUCGAAAGAAUGUACUCUAUGAGUUUGGAACUCAUGGUGUGAAAACCAGCCAAGAAUAAGUAGAAUUCUUUUAAGAAAGGAACCCUGAGGGGCAUAUUGAAUGGAUGAACCAAAUUAGAAAAGUCUAGAUGCAGCCAAAUGGGCAUUACUAUACCUAAGCUGGACAGAAGUUUUACUAGCUCCUAGUUGAAAAGAUUAAUAAAGAUGUGAAUGUAGAUUAAGUAUAUGUUAGCUUUAACCUUGAAAGUGUAGAAGCUGCAGUAGGUGUUACGACUAAUAACACUGCAGGUGGCUUUACAAGUGAAGAAGCAAUCGAAAUAAGUUACUUAGCGGGACUAUUUUCCCAUAAGCUAGUUGCUAUAGAUAUUAGUGAGUACAAUCCAUUUGUCGAGGAUUGGAGAACUGGCAGAUUAGUUGCAACAAUGUUCUACUAUUUCGCCUUAGGGUUGAGUUAGAGAUUACAAGAACCUGUAGAAUAAGUAAAUGUUGAUUUCAUCACUUAAUGA